CCCUCAUUUCCUCUCUUUCUCUUUGUCCCCUCUGUCCUCGUGCGCUUCAUCUCCGAACAUUUCGCUCUUCGGUUUCAACCUCAAUACCAAUCUGUCUCUGAAAAAAACCUAACUUACAGAUCUUCACAAACCUCAAUUUUUCCGAUUUUUUUUUUUUUUUUUUGAAUUUCCAUUUUUAUGAACCUGUUUCGAUAUGACAUCAUAUGAUUGCAUUUCUUCUCUCUUCUUCUGUUCUGCUGUUUGAGAUCAGUUAGCAGCACCAAAGUUUGCACAGUGAAUAUUAAUGAUGGAUGUUGCUGAGGUUGAAGAAAAUCUGUUUGCAGCAAGUGAUGCCAAGUUACAUGGAGAAAUGUGCAAGGGUCUUUCUGCAAUAUAUUGCAAAAUAUUUUCAUUAUUUCCUUCUUUAGAAGCAGCUAGGCCUCGGAGCAAAUCUGGAAUUCAGGCAUUAUGUUCAUUGCAUGUAGCCUUAGAGAAGGCGAAAAAUGUUCUCCGGCACUGCUCAGAGUGUAGUAAACUUUACUUGGCUAUAACUGGGGAUUCUGUUCUUCUAAAAUUUGAGAAGGUUAAGUGUGCUCUUGAAGAUAGUCUUAAACAAGUGGAAGAUAUUGUUCCUCAAUCCAUUGGGUGUCAGAUUGAGGAAAUUUUGAAUGAACUUGCAAGUAUGGUAUUUGCACUUGACCCAUCAGAGAAGCAAGUUGGGGAUGAUUUAAUAGCAUUGCUUCAGCAGGGGAGAAAGUUUAACGAAUCUAAUGACAGUAGUGAACUUGAAUGUUUUCAUCAGGCUGCUACUAGACUUGGAAUCACAUCUUCAAGAGUAGCUCUUACUGAAAGAAGAGCUCUUAAAAAACUCAUAGAAAGGGCUCGGGCUGAGGAAGACAAGCGGAAGGAAUCGAUUAUUGCAUUUCUGUUACACCUUAUGAGGAAAUACUCCAAGUUAUUUAGAAGUGAGUUCUCUGAUGAUAAUGAUUCUCAGGGUUCUCAACCUUGUUCUCCCACUGUUCAGAGACCUCUUGAGGAUGGUGUUCCUAGCGGCCAUUCUCAGGCCUUUGACAGACAGAUUUCAAAACUUAGUUCCUUUAAUUUUAAGCCAAGUAAUAGGAAAUCAGGGCAGAUGCUCCUUCCACCUGAAGAGUUAAGGUGUCCAAUAUCUCUGCAACUUAUGAGUGAUCCUGUUAUAAUUGCUUCUGGGCAAACAUAUGAAAGGGUUUGUAUAGAAAAAUGGUUCAGGGAUGGGCACAACACCUGCCCAAAGACUCAACAGAAACUUUCACAUCUUUCUUUGACUCCUAAUUACUGUGUUAAGGGUCUUGUGGCUAGUUGGUGUGAACAUAACGGAGUUCCCAUUCCUGAAGGCCCUCCUGAAUCUCUUGAUUUUAACUACUGGAGAUUGGCAUUAUCAGAUUCUGAAUCCACAAAUUCAAGAUCCGUAAACUGUGUCAGCUCUUGCAAGUUGAAGGGUGUCAAAGUUGUUCCUCUAGAAGAGAGUGGCAUCGCAGAACAAACUGGGGGAAAUGAAACUGAAAGUUUGUCUGCUCAAGAGGAAGAUAAUGAGCAGUACUCUAGUUUUCUGAAAGUAUUGACCGAAGGGAACAAUUGGAAGAGUAAGGGUAAAGUGGUAGAACGGUUAAGGCUGUUGCUGCGGGAUGAUGAUGAAGCCAGGAUACUUAUGGGGGCUAAUGGAUUUGUUGAAGUACUUUUGCAGUUUCUGCAAUCAGCUGUGCAUGAAGGGGAUGUAAUGGCUCAAGAAAGUGGAGCUAUGGCUCUGUUCAACCUUGCUGUGAAUAACAACAGAAAUAAGGAAAUUAUGAUAUCAGCAGGAAUCUUAUCGUUGGUGGAGGAAAUGAUCUCAAACACUAGUUCGCAUGACUGUGCAGCCGCCUUGUAUCUGAAUCUCUCUUGCCUUGAAGAAGCCAAGACUGUGAUUGGAAUGAGUCAGGCUGUCCAGUUCCUAAUCCAGAUUCUUCAAGCCAACACUGAAGUCCAGUGCAAGAUAGAUUCCCUCCAUGCACUCUAUAAUCUUUCUACUGUGCCCUCCAACAUUCCAAACCUCCUUUCAUCUGGCAUCAUCAGUGGCCUACAAUCGCUUCUUGUAGGCCAGGGUGAUAGCAUGUGGACAGAAAAAUGUAUAGCUGUUUUGAUAAAUUUGGCUGUUUCUCAAGCUGGAAGAGAGGAAAUAAUGUCGAGUCUUGGACUCAUAACCGCAUUGGCUUCGAUACUGGAUACUGGUGAACUCCUAGAGCAGGAGCAAGCUGCCUCUUGUCUCCUAAUUUUGUGUAACAGGAGUGAGAAAUGUUGUGAGAUGGUACUGCAAGAAGGGGUUAUACCUGCAUUGGUGUCAAUAUCAGUGAAUGGGACCUCAAGAGGAAGAGAAAAAGCUCAGAAACUCUUGAUGCUCUUCAGAGAGCAGAGACAACGUGACCAUUCACCAGAUAAGACACAUGAAUGCCCACCUGAUGAAACUAGUGAUUUGUCCAUGCCUCCUCAUGAAACGAAACCUUUAUGUAAAUCAAUAUCUAGAAGAAAGGUGGGGAAAGCUUUUAGCUUUCUCUGGAAAACUAAGAGCUAUUCUGUUUACCAAUGUUAAGUUCCAUGUAAAUCUUUGUUUGGUUCUUAACUUUUUUGACCCUUCUUUUAUCCUCCUCUUACUCCUUCUUCCAUGUUGCUGCCUACUUUUUGGUUUCC